CUUAAAACUACCUGGGGUAUUGUCUGUCGGGGAAUGGCCCUCAGCAGGCCCCCUGGGAAAAGAAGCAUUAGGAAAGAAAAUAAGGUUCCGCAAGAAAUUGUGUAGCCUUAUGUUUAGCCCUUGCCAUCCCCUAUGGAGACUCCUCUACUUACAGGAAGGAUAGCCUCAUGUAUUUGCCAGCAAAGAGGGCCUAUAAAGGAGAGACAUAUGGAUUUGAAAGCCUCACUCCGGCAACUAAGGAGUGUAUCUCUGGGCACAGGUGACUUAGACCCAUAGCCCCACCUGGUCCCCCGGAGGCAUUCCAGACGAUGACUGAACCUAGUCAGUUAAGGUACAGAAUGGUUCAUUGGUUCCUAGGUGCAUUGUCUCUCUGAGAAUGUAUGAGGCAUGGGUUUCUAGGGCUUUUUCAGCCCCUUUCUGGCACCUCGGACUGAGGCAAACACAUUGUUCUUCUAGCUUCAAGUGGUUAGGAGGUCAUGUCCCUGUAACUGUUCCACUUGAGGUGUUUCAUGCGAACAGCAAAGCAAAUGCUUCAUAGACUAUAGAUAAUUAUAGAUAAACGCAGAUGCAUAAUGGAAUAAUGUAAGAAAUUAAUCAAUAAUCAAAGGGUGUGUGGGAACAUUACGGGAAAAUCGCCAUGUUAUUUCUUAAAGGUUGAUUACACAUAGGAACGUUUUUAAAAUUAGGUAAUGUUAGAAAAACGUAGAUGACGUAUGCUACAAGGAAAUCACUAGCAAAUAUAAUGCCACGUUUGCUACAAUAAAUCAGCCAGUUCAACACACUGCUGUUGUCUGUGUCCAUUUUUAUUUUAGUUUUAGGUUUUUAUUUUAGUUUUUUAUUUUUAGUUUUUUUAAUUUUAGUUUUGUUUUAUUUUCACCGACGCUGUUCUUCCUUUGGGAACCCCUGGUUGCUGGAGCUCAUCUCCAGCAAGUGGCCCCCAAACAGGACCCAAAGGAAUGCUGUCCAUGGUUUCCUGAAGAAGAUACAGUAAACUUACAGACAUGGAAUAGAGUAGGAGAUCAGCUUAGGGAGUAUUAUACUCUCCAUGGACCAGAAAAGGAUUCAGAUUCUCCUUUGUGGAUUCUGGACAGACUCAUUAGACAUGUUCAACCCGCCACCACCUCCUCCAUCUUUCCACACAUCGACUCAACACAAGAGACGUCUAUCGGAGGAGAGCCGAGGAGGACCACUGACAUAUCGCAUGAGAGAACUUCACCUUCAAGAUGACUGGCAACCGCUGAGACCAACCCCGAUGCCACGGCACAGACUGACCCAAGCGACUCAAGACAGCAGUCCACCAGCAUGGGGCCAAAUAAAGAAACUGACGAAUGAAGCUGAGAGACUGGUUCUCAACCAAGGACUUCAACCUUCUCCUUUUACUCUUUUUGUUGCUAUACUUGCCAUUUUAGCUUGUCAGGCAAAAUGUGACAAACCGGGUACUUCUUAUUGGGCUUAUUUACCUAACCCUCCUUCUUUUCAACGGGUAACUUGGGAGAAUGAGGUUAUUCCACUUUAUACUAACAUUCCUUCUUUGAUGGGAGGAGCUCAGUCUCCUAUUCAAUUGGGACAGGCUGUUAAUACUAAAAACUUCUCCUUUUAUGGAGUUUCAAGUUCUGUUCCUAUCUGCUUUGUUAUCCCCAAUACUAUAAAGGAUGAGUCUCCCUCCAUUAAUGGCUGUGCUCCAACAUCUUAUAAGGGGGUGUUGAGAGAUUCUCCUAAUUAUGCAGUUGCAGACAAAAGACUCCUAUGGUCUCUAAUUUUGCUUUUACCUGGAGACUCUUCUCCUAAAAUGUUUACUCCUAAAGAUUAUCCAAAAGCCCUCCCUGUUUGUGCAGCAUCUCCUCCAGAGAAGGAUGACACUAAUGAGGAAUGGGCCUUUGUUAACCCUAAAAUAGGCUUCCCAAAAUGGAGAUAUUGUGCUUAUAAAAAGGAGAUUCAUAUUGUUAUUCCUGGAACAUAUUUAACUGUAAUUGAUAGAAGUUGUGCAGAUUCUUCUGUAGAUUAUAGGCUUUUCUUGGAAUCAACUAAUGUUAGAUACUCUUGGAAAAAUGAAUAUAUCCCUCGCCGCAUGCCAAUUAAUAGAUGGCAUAUUAAUGGAUGGGUACCAAGCAUCUUGACUAUUUCUACAAAAAAAGGCAGGAUAUUUUCAAUCUGAAAUAUGGCGUGUGAUUGCUGCCACAAAACUGGUUAACACUGCACAGGCCGGAAAAUCAGAGCAGAUAUCAGGUACAGGCUUGCUUACAGUCUCCAUAUGCAUUUUUAAUUUCCGGAGAUUAUAAUUCCUUAAAUAUCUCUGAGUAUGCUGACAAAUAUCAUGUAUCUUGUAUCCGCUGUAAUCUUACAAAUUGUGUUUCCCCUUUAACAAAUGUAAAAACACUGAUGAUUGUUCAGCGACCCCCAUAUUUAAUUGUUCCUGUCACUCUAAAUACUACAUGGUUUGAUAGUUAUGGUUUGCAAGCUUUGCAGGAUGUAAAUGCACUUCUUGUUCGUGGUCGUCGCUUUGUAGCUCCUCUUAUUCUUGGAAUUACAGCAUUUAUAACUUUAGCAACUUCCCUUUUGCUUUCUGCUAUAUAGCCUGAUCUCAAGAAAUUCACACAGCAACUUUUACUGAUCAAUUAUCAAAAAAUGUAUCCAUGGCUUUACCUACACAAGAAAUUAUAGAUAGAAAACUAGACUCUAAGGUUAAUGCUUUAGAAGAAGCUGUUCCCAUGAUUGGUCAGGAACAGACCUCUUUUAAGGUUCGCCUUGCCUUGAGAUGUCAUAUUGAUUUUCAUUGGAUUUGUGUAAUGCCCCUAAAAGUUAACGAAUCUCUGUAUUCUUGGGAGAGAGUUAAAAAUCAUAUCCUAGGUAUCUGGAAUCACUCAGAUUUAAAUUUUGAUUUAAAUUCUUUACAUAAAGAUAUUCGUGAGAUUAGUCAAGCUGAGGCUGAGUUUUCUGCCUCACAAAUAUCAAACACAUUUUUUUCAAAAUUUAUCCUCUUAUGUCUCUCAUAAAAGCUUUUUUACCACUAUGAUUAAAGUGGCUUUGAUUGGA